GUGUUAUUGUAACACAGAAUAACACAACUUUUUGACACCGGUAGAUAUAUAGUUUUAUUGACUUGAAUUUGCAAUUGCUGAGUGCAGAGGAGAGGCAUUCAGAACUCAGAAGAGUGGGUGGGGUUUGGUUUGUGACUAGAGAAAGAGAAGUAUCACAUUCACAAUGGUUCCUUCCAUAUUCAUAUUCUUAGCUUUCUCUUCUCUCUUUCUUCUCCAUACUUCGCUUCCCGUUUCAGCUCAAUCAAUCGAUCACUUCACCUCGCAGAUCAACCAAAUUAACCUCAAAAUCGCUCACUUAGAAUCGGUUCUUGAAGAAACCAAUCAAAAUCUAAAAGAAAGGGAUUCGUAUCUUGAAGAGUGUGAAAAGCGAUUGAAUGACAUGUCAGAAAAAAUCCAUCAUCUGCACUCUACUCUCUCUACAAUGAAGGAUGAUUCAUUGCAUAGCGAGACACGGCUUAAAGCUCUGGAGGAAGAGGUACAACUUCUUUGGUCUGCCUUGAGAAGGAACAACUUUGAUCUCCAUAUUUUAAAAUCUAAAGCGGAAGAUAAUGAAAACAGACUGGAAGAGGUUGCUUCAAGAGUUGAAAAGAUGAGUGGCAUUGUGACUGAACAGUGGAUUCAAGUUCAGCAUCUUGAGCAGGCUCUUCACAUUACCAAAAUGAGGACUGUAAAGGCUCGAAGGCAAGCGAGCUUCACAAGAUGCACAUUCUUGAAGUUUAUCCACAACCUCCAAGCUGAUCUUCGGACACUGGAAUCAUUUGUAUUUGGUGAAAGGACUAUAGUAAGCUCACCAAUCUCAAAGGCUAUGGACCACUUGAAGAGAUACUCUUCAAUGACCAAAAAGUAUCACCAUCAGCUUCAAGGUUUCAUAAAAGAUCUGAUGAAGAAAAAUGAAUUGACUGCAUCUCUUGCAAAUGAUGAAUUAGUUUUCAUCUUGGCAUCUGCUGUAAUCACCUUUCCAUUAAUGAGUGCCUGGUUGUUGCUUUCAUCGUAAACCAUAAAUUAUUGGUCAGGCAAGAUUUUUUUUUCCGACCAGAAUUGUCUUCAUACUGUUUCUAUAGUGACUGACAUCUGCAACUCUCUAAGUUCCAACACUGAUGAUGUACAUGUUAUACGUUUCUCAUUUCUCAGUGAUAGUGGACAAAUGUAGUUUUGAUCUUGUAUGGUAGCAGCACCCGAGAAUACUUUUCAGUGUGAAUUUAAUUCAUCUCCAUAGUGCUAAUCAUAUUGUCAUGGAUUCAAACUUUUGCCUGUAUAUAACUCUCUCGAAAGCUCCUAAAUAACAUGCUAUAAGCAUUAGUACUAA